AUGAAAAAGCUCUCGUUUUUGUUUCUUUCCGGAGUUUCAUGCUGGUGGUGGGACUAUGAUGACGGGUACACGAUCCAAGACAACGAGUAUUCAGAAAGCCCUUGCUUCGACAAAUCGCACCGUUGCCAUGAGGAAGAAACCUGCGUUCCCGAAGGACAACAUUUGUACGAAUGCUGCCCGGACGACUGGAAUCGUUUGAAUGUACCGUGCAGAAAACCAAUCGAACAUCCUUGCUUUAAAAAUCCUUGCAAAAAUGGAGAAUUCUGCUAUAGGAAGAUUUCCCAAGGCGAAGAGAAUCAUGAUUACGAGUGUAUAGAGGAAGAUGAGGAAUGCCACGGCGUGGUUAUGUGCGAGAAACCGAUGUCAGGCUCUUGUUCAGGAAAUAAUCGGCAAAAGCCGAAAAGAAUCAUCGUCAAGACCAUCGAUGAUUGCUAUAAUAUGUGUGCUGCUGCAGACAAUUGCUCGGGAUUCGAUAUCGAUUCAAAAGGAGGUUGUUAUCUCGCUAAAAAACCCUGCGAUGAAAACGAUCUUGAGGAUUUACCUGGAUUCGAAGAGCAAACAAAGGAAGUCAGCUAUAGGGAAUGGAUUUAUGAUAAAUAUUAUGGCUACUCUUUCACUACACAAAGACAUCUAACUUUCACAUAUUAUUCAAUUGACAAUUGCAAGGCUCCGAAGAGGUCUGAAAAAUGCGAUGAAAUCCUCAAAAAAUCAGCUCAGGAACAUGCUUUGGAAAUAAAAGACAUUUUGACGAUGAUGGCUUCUCAAAAUCAACAAUCAAAGCUCGAAAUCGAAGCUGGAAUCUACGAAAACCACAAAUCGUUGAUGCAAAAUAUGCAAGAUAUUCAUGAAAAUACGGAACUUCUGAAAGCUUCUUUGGGACUCAUGGCGGUUUUGUCCUUUGCGGUUUUCGUGAUGAUGUUUUUCAGGCUGAAGAGACAAUGCUACGGUGGGCCAGCUCGAAGACUUUCAUCUCUCGUUUCAAUUUCACCAAAGCCGCGAGCUGCUACUGCUCUCGAGAUUCCGGCUAAUCCAGAAAAACUCGGGGAACAUCAUCAAGAAGGAACUGGGUCAAUUCCGACUUACUCCAAUCUCCAUACGACGAAUGAUACGGAUAAUGACAUGGCUGGACUGACUGUAAGAGGCUUUUCGAACAAAUACAAAUCUUUCCAUAAUUGA